AUGAGUCUUUGUCCUUUACAUGAUCUGUUACAAAAAUCGGAUAAUAAAGCUUUAGUUGCUGCAGCAAUGGGUGCUAUUUGGAAAUGUUCAAUUUCUCGUGAAAAUACAGAAAAAUUUCGAACAAUUGAAGCACUUGUUCAUUUCCUUAAUCAGCCAGAAGAAGUUUUAGUAAACGUUGUCGGUUCAUUAGCUGAAUGUGCUAAAGAACUACCCAGACAGAGAUAA